CAGCACUACUAGAUAGGUCCGGUAGCUUUCAAUCCAAGCCAGUCAAAUCCCACCCAGCGCACCACGUCCGCACACCAGCAAUCAUGGCGGCUGUAACAGCGCCUACUUCCAUUCCCCCAAACUGCACAGUCUACGUCCGCAACCUCGAAGAGCGCAUCAAAGUCGACCAGCUGAAAGAAGCCCUGGACGAGAUCUUCUCCGAAUACGGCACGGUGAUCGAAAUCGUCGCCAAGACGAACCUGAAAGCGAAAGGCCAGGCGUUCAUUGUCUUUGAUUCCGUGGAUUCCGCGACCCGCGCGAUUGACGAAAUCAAUGGCUUCGAGCUGUUCGAUAAACCCAUGGUGUUGGAUUAUGCCAAGACGAGAAGCGAUGCGACGGUUCUAAGAGAGGGCGGGGAGGAUGAGUUGGAGGCGCAUAAGAGGAGGAGAGGGGCUGAGAAGGAACGCAAACAAGCCCACGAAGCCCUGGAAGCCCAGAAAAAGCUCAAGCGGCCACCCGGCGGCGCGCCAACGGAGCCCGGUCGUCCGGCGAAGACAGCCAAGGGUGCUGGUCUCAAACCCACCAGUGGAGCUGCGGCGGCGGUUAUUCCCGACGAGUAUCUGCCGCCCAACAAGAUUCUGUUCUUGCGCGACUUGCCGGAUACGGUGGAUCAGGAGAGCCUGACGGCGGUGUUUGGGCGGUUCGAGGGAUUUCAGGAGGUGCGGUUGGUGCCGGGGCGGAAGGGGAUUGCGUUCGUCGAGUACGAGAACGAGUCUGGGGCGAUCAGUGCGAAGGAGGCGACGUCGGGGAUGCCGAUGGGCGAGGCGGCAAAGCCGAUUCGCGUUACCUACCAGAGACAAUGAUUGUGUGUUGUUUGGCGUUGGGGGUGGGUAUUUCUUCUUAACUUCUGUCUCGUGUCUAUGUAUCUUUUUACAACACUAUACGAUUUGUUCUUUAUGGUUGGUAUCUGGAAGAACUUGUUGUUCGAUGUCGGUCUGCCUGGGGAAUAGUUGCGGUGUAG